ACACGAAUUCAAGUUUGUGGGUACCAGUAGAAAAGUGUUGAAAUGACGUCACAGGGCGGAGUAAUCGAUCCGCCAUGGCGGAGUAGUCGAUCCGCCAUUAUAACACAGCAUGCGCCAAAUUCAAAGAUGGCUGAGGACAGUGGACCGCUUGGAGCUACCAGCUCAGGUGACGUGUCACAGGUAAGCUAAAUAACGUGUGUAUCCAGUAUUUAUAUAGAUAUAUUAAGAGAAAAUGUUCUAGUUAAAGUAAUAUACAGUUUUUGGACUUACAGACUUACUGCAGACUAUAGUUUGUAAGCUAACAACAUGCCGGUGAGCUAAGUUAGUGCUAGCAUUACUAGCAUUAGAAGUUGGCUCGUGCUAAAUAGCACUGACCUGCAAAUGAUAAAAUAUUUAUUUUGAGACAGUGUUGAUUAAAAUGCAACUUUUAUGGUUUUAUCAUUUGCAUUAUUUAGUGUAUAAAUAAAUCUGAUCAUGCUAAUCCUCCUCUCGGUCGUGCACGUUUUUUGUUUGUUUUUUAAUGAAGCUGAUGAGAAAUCAAUCCUCGUACCGGUGGAUAACAUUAUUUAUAAUAUCUGGGUUAUAUGUAGGUUUUAAUGUGUAUAUUUAUGUAGUCUUUUCUGUCAUAAUCGACAUUAGGGAUUGCGGGGAGCAUUUGUGUCGCGAUGACGUGGGCUGGGACACCAGUGCGUGGAAGGCAGAACUUCCAUUCGUCCCUUUUAAAAAGUUACAGUUCAUUUAUUUAACCAUCACCAUUACUGUGAAGCUGUCCAAUUACGGUAUAAAUAACCCAUAAGACAAAUAUCUUGGAUAUUUACUCCUUGAACCUCUUCUCCUCUGUCGUCCUCUGAUCGGUCAGCGGAGCACCGUUGCUAGGGACGGCGGUGUCCCUAGCAACGGUGUGUUACACCUCUGUUUACGUAAAUAACAGACGCGAGAAUGCAGCGAUUGACAACAUUCAACAUGGACCAGUGGCUACUCAAUUAUUGGAACGUUUGAAAUCAAGGAUUACAGAUGUGUUAAGCCAACCACACUUGAAUUUGGACUACUUCCAGUAUGUGGUAAAUCAAGAAGCAUUUAUUCUGACAGCUGCCUCUAAUACUUUAAACAUUCCAACUGAAAUUGUAGAGUGUCUUUUAUCCCUGCAAAGUAAGAUCGAUGCAGCUGUUUCCCAAGAGAGCCUGUGUGCUUUUGUUAGAGUUGGAGGACAAGGCAGACCAAAGUUCCUUUUUUCUGAGGAACUUCUGUCCCAGCUCAUCAACGUCCCCUUACCGCUGUCUUGCAUAGCAAAUCUGUUGGGUGUCAGCCAAAGCACAAUCUUCCAGCGUAUGCGUGAACUUGGAUUGUCCACAAGAUUUACAUACAGCAACUUAUCUGAUAGUGAACUGGAUGACGCUGUACGGUCAAUAAAAAGCAGGAUCCCAAAUGCAGGAUACAGAAUGGUGAAAGGUUGUCUGCAAGCUGAUGGGCAUAGAGUUCAGUGGGAUCGUAUCAAGGAGUCCAUGCACAGAGUUGAUGCUCCAGGAGUUUUGGAAAGGAUGACACACCUGGGGUGCAUAGUGAGGAGGACCUACUUUGUGCAGGGGCCUUUGUCAUUAGUACACGUAGACACAAACCACAAGCUGAUACGGUACAACAUCAUCAUAUUUGGUGGAAUAGAUGGCUACUCGAGAAAGAGAACUAUUUUUUUUCUGCAACCAGCAACAAAUAACCGCUCAAGCACUGCUCAUUCAUUAUUUUUGAAGGCAGUAGAAAACUAUGGCUGGCCUUCCAGGGUCAGAGGCGAUGAAGGCGUUGAGAAUGUCUUAAUUGCUGAAACCAUGUUCACUGUUAAAGGCACUGGAAGAGGGAGCUUCAUAGCUGGGAGGAGUGUACAUAAUCAAAGAAUUGAACGGCUGUGGCGAGAUGUCUGGACCUGUGUGACACACCUUUUCUAUGAAGUUCUUCACAGUCUUGAGGAAGAUGGCCUGUUGGACUUGGCAGAUUCUGUUCAUCUGUUUUGUGCCCACUAUGUUUUCCUUCCACGUCUGGCAGCGGCCCUGCAUAGCUUCACAGAAGGCUGGGACAACCAUCCCCUAAGGACAGAAGGUGGACUCUCCCCAAACCAGCUCUGGGUUUUGGGUCACAUGAAGAACCCUUGUGACCCAAAUGAAGAUUUGCAGAACACGGAGCUAUUUGGAACAGACUGGGAAAUGUUUGAUGCUGUGCAAGAGGAACCAUAUGGCGUUCAAGUCCAGGAAAUUGACUGUCCUCUGGAUCCAUAUAUUAUGGAAACUGUACAGGCCAUGAUAAAUCCGUUGGCAUCAUCAGAAUCAUUUGGCCGAGACAUUUACAUAACAAUGAUUCAGUGUAUUGAAAAUCUAACGGCAACACAAGAAAUGACUGAGAUGUAAGACCUUGUAAAACAUUUGCAGGCAGUCUUGUUGGUUGGUUUUUUUAAUUUUUUUUAAACAACUUUGGCAGGAACCAUUAUA